UCUGUGUAGUGAGGGUGCUUGCGCUCCGGCGUUCUCGUCCGCGGCAUUCACGUGGAUUUAUUUAUAAUAACUACAAAUAUGAGCUUGGCUGUGCUUCUCCAGGCCGCCGAAUAUAUCGAGCGGCGGGAGAGGGGUAAGGAGACUGGCUUUGAAAUGGAACAUGGUUACGCGUCGACGCUGCCCAUCCCAGAUCAUUACAGUUACUCCAAAUCUUCAAAGCGAUCACGGUCAAAAUCUAAGCUUCAGAGCAACCGGACGACACACAACGAACUGGAAAAGAACAGGUACGUAACGAUGUCGUGGCGCACUGUGUCGAGUUUGAUCCUCUCAAGGAAGGUUUGGUGAGUAAAGCAGCGCCACGCUCAUGCACCGGCUCACGUACACAUAUACACACGCAUGGACAAAUCCACGUACAGUCACUAGCACACGUACACUAGAACACGUAAACAUACGCGUAUAGAUACAUGUACAAAUAAAACAUACACGUCACACACACACACACACACACACACAC